AUGCUGCAACAGCGGCAGACGUCGGUGGAAGAGGUGGCUCCUACACCAUGGAAGCGAACCAGGGGUCAAACAGGGACGAGUAAUACCAUCACGUCCAAGGGCAAGGGCAAGGCCGCCAUAGCGAGGGGUCGAGCCGACAAGGCGGAAUCGCCUCAUUCGACUCGUCUGAUUACACCCGUUUCCAUCGAGACCUCUGUCAUUGUUUCGGGUAGGAAAGGAUGGAAAAGCGAUUUGCAGCACUUGAAUACGACCUGGAAAGAUCACCGCAUUCAGGGGUACGCUGGAAUGUGGUGUUGGAUCAAGACUUACCAUCACGUAUCAGGCAUCGGAUCUGGUGAUGCGGAUGACUCCAUCAACCUACGUAUAAAGUAUGAAGACGACGAGAGAAAUUUCCAUGAUCUGACCAUCCAAGCUGUAUUUAAUAGCUCAUCACAGAUCUCUCGUCUUACCCUCGAUCCUAUACCCUCUUACUCUUCUCGGAGACUUCAGUGUCUUCCUCCGUGGAAAAAGACUUUUGAGAACUUUUCCAACAUCUACGGGCUAGGCCUCGAGGCGCUGAUCAAGCGGAUCAUCAGGUCACUUCAAGGUGACAAGGAUGCGAACGCUGGGGAACUCGUCGAAUCAGAUUCAGAUGACGGAGGAGAUUUUGACGUGGAAAAUACGGGGUCUGAGUCUUUGAGCAUCGGUCGAGGAUUCGAGAUUGCAAAAGGCGGAGAGUUGGACCUAGGUACAUCGUGGAAAGAGUUGAAAGAACACUUUGCGCAAACUCGAGUCUUUGGCUAUAGACCCGGAUUCACCAUGGUAGCUGAUGCCUGGGUCUUCUCCCUGUCUAUGCCUCUGAAGAGUAUGGCUCUCGACCCGAACACGCUGGCAAUUUGGGACGAUGGUCUUCUCAGAGCGUGGAAUGACGACGAGCGAUUCACACUCCUCGUCAAAACUUGUGACUAUCCACUUCACCUCGAUCGCAUAGAGUACUUCAUUGGAUUCGAGAAGAAUUACAAACCUUCCGCAGACACCAUCAAGAACUCAUUGCAGCACGAACGAGGAGGUAUGACACCAUUUUACCUUGCUGAAAGUCUACGAAACUAUUUCAAAGAGUUCCCCAAGGCAUACAAAGCUCGAGUGGCCUUCCUGCUCGAUUGGGAUACAAGCGAUCGCAUAGCUUUCGAUCAUGAAGAGUCUCGAAAAGUCUUCAGCGGAGAUCUAGUGCCCUCUGGGACGGGAGCAGACCCUUCGGACCCUUGUGGCUUUGGUUUCAGCGACAAUCUGGCUCUCUGUGCUUUUCACUGGAUUGUCAGGCGAUUCGUCAAUGCAAGGGAACAUUGCUUGAAUUGCGGCCUGGCGGUCCCAACUCCAGCUCUUCGUCCUUAUGUCUGCGACAAGCCUUUGUGCGAGUAUCGAUACUUGACCAUGGGAUUCGGUCCGUCCAUGGAGCACUUGAUUCAGGAACAUCCUGGGGUCGUCGAUCUCCUCUUGACAUUUGCAUACGACGCUGCCAAUUCAAAGACCAGAAUGUUUUUACCCACCGAACUCAAUAUCGAGUUGCCCAUAGAGUUUGGCAUCCAAUCGCCCAAAUACCUCAUCGACCUGUCCGAACUCGAUCAACGCCGAGCUAUUGCCUUUCUCAUCUCAUGCUUGCCCAAAGUCUCCGAGAUGAAAGCGGCCAUUGACUCUGGAGUCAAGAUCAAGGAUCUACCAGCGCCUCCGGGAGCCAUCGGCGUACUAAGAUGGGUCGUCGGAAGUUGUCGAGCACAUCUGAAGGAAGUUAUGCCUGGAGAAGGGGCUCUCACACCGAACGAUAGCAUAAUAUUCUUCGGACUGGUCUGGACUUUCAAGAGACUGCGAAUGGAAGAUUACGGUCACGGCGUGUAUUUUGCCCGCAACGCGAGCAUGUCUUUAGGGCAGUACAGUCAACCUGCUGGAUCUCGUAGACAAAACGCGGAUUUUGUGCUCACAAAAGCCGUGGCAUGUGUCGAGCUGGUAAAUGUGCCGGAGACAUUCGUCUGUUGCAACCCGCACUACGUUGUCAACAAGGUCAAGCAGAUCAAACCUUUCCUACUCCUUGUAGAGGGUCAAGGCAUCCCCAUCCCAGCGAUACCAACUACAAAGAGACUCUUUCAGCACGAUCCUCGCAUUCCACCUCACAUGAAGCCUUCGUUCUCCAGUCAGCCGCUCGAAGUGGUACGUGUGAGAACGCUUUCGCAACUCAUCAGCGAUAGGCGAUGCCGGACAAGUACAGCAAAAUGGCAUUUAUCGAUACUCAACCGGACGACGAGCAGGAUGCAAAGUUCAACCCAUCACCUCCUCGAUUUAUCCCGUCGCCCAGGAGUCGUUUCGAUAGGUUCGAACAGAUGCCUCCACCUUUCGUCGACCUCUGUCAUUGCCAGUAAAGCCGUUCAAAGGGAACUCAAAGCGGUCAUCAGAGCGCAAGAGGAAGAUCAGCUUCCGCUCUAUAUUGACCCCGACACUGAUAGCUUGUACUGCUGGACUGUCGAGCUGUUUGACUUUCCAGCCUCGAAUCUAAAGAGCGACAUGGAGAUCAAGGGUGUCAAGUCGAUGAUCGCGGAGCUUCGAUUUCCGGCUAGCUUCCCACACUCUCCGCCCUUUAUGAGGCUUCUACAGCCAAGAUGCUUGCCUUUCGCCUCGGGAGGUGGUGGACACAUUACUGCUGGUGGAUCUAUCUGUCAUGAAAUCCUAACUGGAACCGGUUGGAAUCCCGCCUUUUGCAUCGAGGCGGUCGUCAGGGAUAUCAUGGCGAAUAUGACCGAAGCUUCGCCUCCUGCGAGGCUUGACCCGUAUCAUUGGGAUCGACCGUAUCACCUGCAGGAGGCGAUUCAAGCAUUCAAGCGGGUGGCAGGGGUACACCUAAGACAUGGUAGGGAUGGGAAGUGCCUAAGGACUUUGACAAGAUGGCCAGAUAGAAGGCGACGAGUGACACUGAACAUGGAUGAUGAUGACCAGAUAUGA